GUUUGACUUAUGUAUCACAUCGCUAGCGGCCGCCGACACACUGCGGAAUAAUUUCUAUUUUAAAUUAUUUAAUAAAGAAACUAAAUAAUACUGCAAAAUGCCGCGUAUUAUGAUCAAAGGAGGCGUCUGGCGCAAUACAGAGGAUGAAAUUUUGAAGGCGGCUGUAAUGAAAUAUGGCAAAAAUCAAUGGAGUCGCAUUGCCUCGUUGCUGCAUCGCAAGUCCGCCAAACAGUGCAAGGCACGUUGGUAUGAAUGGCUUGAUCCAAGCAUCAAGAAGACCGAAUGGUCACGCGAAGAGGACGAGAAGUUGCUUCAUCUGGCCAAAUUGAUGCCGACUCAAUGGCGUACGAUUGCGCCUAUUAUUGGACGCACGGCAGCACAAUGCCUUGAGCGCUACGAGUAUCUGCUCGACCAGGCGCAACGCAAGGAAGAUGGCGACGACACCAUGGACGAUCCGCGCAAACUGAAGCCGGGUGAGAUUGAUCCCAAUCCAGAGACCAAGCCUGCACGACCCGAUCCCAAGGAUAUGGACGAGGACGAGCUAGAAAUGUUGUCCGAAGCACGUGCUCGUCUUGCCAACACGCAGGGCAAAAAGGCCAAGCGUAAGGCGCGCGAGAAGCAGCUCGAGGAGGCUCGCCGUUUGGCCACGCUCCAGAAACGUCGCGAAUUGCGCGCCGCUGGCAUUGGCAGUGGCAGUAGGAAGCGCAUCAAAGGCAUCGAUUACAAUGCAGAAAUACCUUUUGAGAAGCGACCUGCUAUUGGCUUCUAUGACACCUCCGAGGAACAUCUGCAGAAGCAGGACCCGGACUUUAAUAAAAUGCGCCAACAAGACUUGGAUGGUGAGCUGCGCUCCGAGAAGGAGGAGCGGGAGCGUAAACGUGAUAAGCAGAAGCUAAAGCAGCGCAAGGAGAACGAGGUGCCAUCGGCCAUGAUGCAGAGCUUAGAGCCGGAACGCAAGCGCUCGAAGCUCGUUUUGCCGACGCCUCAAAUUUCCGAUAUGGAGCUGCAGCAGGUAGUGAAGCUGGGUCGGGCUAGUGAGAUGGCCAAGGAGGUAGCCGGCGAGAGUGGCAUCGAGACUACAGAUGCUCUGCUUGCCGACUAUUCCAUAACGCCACAAGUGGCAGCCACGCCCCGUACCCCAGCGCCCUAUACGGAUCGCAUAAUGCAGGAGGCGCAGAAUAUGAUGGCGCUCACACAUACAGAGACACCUCUAAAGGGUGGUCUUAAUACGCCGCUGCAUGAAUCUGAUUUCUCGGGCGCGUUGCCCAAGGCGGCGGCUAUUGCUACUCCAAAUACGGUCAUAGCCACGCCCUUUCGCACACAACGCGAGGGCGGAGCAGCAACACCUGCGGGCUUUCUAACGCCCGCCUCAGGCGCCUUGGUGCCCAUGUUGAAGAAUGGCGGAGCUGGUGGUAGCAGUGCAACGCCCGCCUUCGUGCGUGACAAGCUUAGCAUCAAUGCCGAGGAAAACAUGGCCGUAACCGAGACGCCAGCUAUCUACAAAAACUACCAGAAGCAGCUGAAGUCUACGCUGCGUGAGGGAUUGGCCACGUUGCCAACGCCUCGCAAUGAUUACGAAAUUGUAGUGCCGGAGCAGGAGGAUAACGAGGCCAUGGAGACGAGCACUGAGCCAGCGAUUGAGGAUCAGGCAGAUGUGGAUGCCCGCAUGCUAGCCGAGCAGGAGGCGCAGCGCAAACGAGAGUUAGCCAAGCGUUCACAGGUCAUCCAGCGCAACCUGCCACGACCGACUGAGGUGAACACCAAGAUUCUGCGUCCGCAGUCCGAGAAGCAAAAUCUAACCGAGCAGCAGCAGGCCGAAGAACUAAUCAAGCACGAGAUGAUCACCAUGCAGCUUUUCGACUCUGUGUGUGAUCCAGUGCCUGGUCAAUCGCAGCACAAGCUCGAACAGCUGCAGAGCUACUUUAAGGCCAAUCCGUAUGAGGAAAUAUCGCAGGAGGAGCUGGCAGAGGCCAAGCAAAUGUUGGCCGACGAAAUGGAAGUGGUCAAGGAGCGCAUGUCCCAUGGCGAGCUGCCACUCGAUGUUUAUGCACAGGUGUGGCAGGAAUGCUUGGGACAGGUGCUCUAUCUGCCAUCCCAGCAUCGUUACACGCGCGCCAAUCUGGCCAGCAAAAAGGAUCGCUUGGAGUCCGCCGAGAAGCGUCUUGAGCAGAAUCGCCGUCACAUGGCCAAAGAGGCGAAGCGUUGUGGCAAGAUUGAGAAGAAGCUGAAGAUACUCACCGGUGGCUAUCAGGCGCGUGCGCAGGUGCUGAUCAAGCAGCUACAGGACACAUAUGCACAGAUCGAACAGAACUCUCUUUCGCUGUCCACAUUUCGUUUUCUCGGCGAGCAGGAGGCGAUUGCUGUGCCGCGACGUCUCGAGGCGCUACAGGAGGAUGUGCGCCGGCAAAUGGAGCGCGAGAAGGAGCUGCAGCAAAAAUAUGCCAAUCUGGUCGAACAGCGCGAUACGCUCUUCCAGCAACUGGAGCUAAUAACGGGCAACCGACCCAAUGCGCAACAGCUGCUCGGCUUGGAGCAGGAGAUGCAGGCAUAGAUACAUAUGUAUACAUAGAAUUUUAAUCUUAUUU